AUGGAGACCACCCCACUGCUACCUAGCCUUUUCAGGCACAAAGAGAAGCCUUUGGUUUUGUGCUCUCACGUAGACGACCUCAUCUUGGGAGGUGAACGAGAAGCAGUGGAAUGGCUUGUGUCCGGGUUGAAGGGUAAGUUUACUUUGCAAGGAGGAGAAAUAGUCCCUUCCAAAGAUCAAGGCCCUGGGGAACCAAUCAGGUUCCUGAAAAAGAGACACCUCUUCACGGAGGCGGGGGUUAUCGUGAGUCCCCACGAGCGAUACACUGAGGAAUUGGUGACGUUGUAUGGUUGGCAACACCGCAAGCCAAGGGGUACACCUGAUGUGAGCUCAGAGGAUUUCGCCUCAAAGGAGCUGGAUGAAAAAAACAAGCAUCGGUUUCGAUCGGCGAUGGGUACCCUAUUAUACCUUAGCCAGGAUCGGGUGGAUAUCCAACACUCAGUUCGCCAUCUGAGCCAAUACAUGUCGCGCCCUACAUUGGCGGCUGAAGUUGGGGUACGCCAUGUUAUCUUGUACCUGAAGGGCACGCCUGACCUUGGCAUGCUGCUGAGCUACAACAUGUCCAACAAGAGCAAGCUCAGCGAGAUUCAUGGCCGAGCAGAUCCUGAUGAUCUGAACACCGACCUUGUGGAGGUCUUCACAGAUGCGGACUGGGCAGGUGACAAAUCAGCUGGUGAGAAGAGGAGACAUUCAGUCUCAUCGGUGAUGCUCUAUGUCACCUGCAAGUUGGUGCUGGCAUGGUCAAGGACUCAACGAAGCAUUGCCUUGAGCAGUUGUGAAAGUGAAUAUUUGGCCAGCGUUGGUGGAGGUGCAGAAGCUCUUUUCAUUGCUGCACUAUGGGAGUUCCUGGUCAGAAAACCAACUCAAGCCAGGAUAGCAUGUGACUCGUCACCAUGCCGAACCUUUUCUCAACGACAAGGAGUCGGAAGGUUGAAGCAUGUCAACGUGAAGCAUCUUUGGCUUCAACAGAAAGUCAAAGAAGGAUCUUUGGAACUGGAUGCAAUCCCCACGGUCUUGAACAGUGCCGACCUUGGGACGAAACGAUUGGCAAAAGCUCGUCGUGCCUUCCUGAUGUUCCUCAUUGGCUUGGUCCAGUACGACUCCAACACCAAGAGCUACGCAGCAGUUGGUGAGGAUGAGUUCAAUACCUACCUCCAAAAGAAGGCAAUUGGGAAAACAAUGAAGUCAGUGCGACAGAUGAUGCUGGCUUCACUCUCCAGUGGAAUGGAUGAACUUCCAAUUCAACUAUCAAAGCCCAUGGUGAAAGCGGUGACGAUCAUGGCCCUACAGCCUUUGGUUGGUGCAUCUCGCGCUGAUGGCAUUGACUGCACGGUCAUGGUGCAACACUUUGAGCUGGUGGAGAUCUUCAUGGAGUUUCCAUGGUUUAUGCUCUUCUACGGCCUCAUCUUCCUGGUCAUCGGUAUUUUCAUGGGGUACUACCUGAAGAAGGCGACCCACGUCUUCGAGCUGAACACAUCGCUGAAGUGGGCGACCGAAGUCAUUGGUCAGAAGCAAGAAAUGAGGUAUGUGGAUGAUUGGGGUCCUGAACGCCAUGAACUACGACAGUACCGGAUUCUGAGAUCAGUGGAUGAAGCUGAGUCCGGAGAAGAAUACUUUAGAGAAUGCCCACCCAACGCCUUUGACCUGACUUUGGGCGAAGGUGGUGAAGAAGAAGACAUGGAAGUGGAUGAGCUGAUCCCUCCAACAUCAGCUCUACAACCAGCAGAUCUUCAUGGACCUGGUGGCGAUGGAGCACAUCAUCCUGGAGAAGUACAUGGUGCGGAUGCUCAGAAAGCCAUACCAGAGAAUACAUGA